UCUUUUAAAAAAAAUCUUGUCUAUAUAAACAAGUGUUCUCUAAAUUCAACACUUUUAUAAACAUAUGAUACACCAAAAAAAAACCAGAAACUUUUCUUUAGAAUCCAUUAUUUCAAGCAAAACAUUACAUAAGUUACAAAUAUUUUAGUACCAAAAAAAAUGGGAUUGUUCAAAAGUGUGAAAAUUGAACAUAGACGAAGCUCUUGUAGUAAUUCUGAAGUAAAUCAAGGCGACAUAGAUGAAAUUGAUUGGGCAGCUCUUGAACGUCUCCCAACAUUGGAAAGGGCACACCAUAGUUUUUUGCAUGGAGUGGCAGGUCAAUUUAAAGAGGUUGAUGUUACAAAACUUAGCUUCUCUGAGAGGAGGGCUUUGUUGAAUAAAUUGGUUAGAAAUAUGACACAAAAUGAAGUUUUCUUGCACAAAAUCAAGACUAGGUUUGAUAGAGUUUCCUUGGCAACACCAUCAAUUGAAGUCCGGUUUCAGAAUCUCAAUGUUGAGGCAUAUGCUUAUGUGGGUAGAAGAGCUAUACCCACAUUAUUCAACUCCUUGGUUAAUAUGUAUGAGGGUGUGCUAAAUGAUCUCCAUAUACUUCCAAAUCACAAGAAAAAACUGCAAAUUCUUCAAGAUAUUAGUGGAAUUAUCAGACCUGGAAGGAUGACUUUGCUUAUAGGGCCACCAAGCUCAGGGAAGACAACCUUGCUAUUAGCUUUAUCUGGUCUUCUUGAUUCAGCAUUGAAGGUAUCUGGAAAAGUGACGUACAAUGGACAUGAGUUGCAUGAAUUUGUUUCUCAAAGAUGUUCGGCUUAUGUUAGUCAAAAUGAUGUUCACAUUGGUGAAAUGACCGUAAGAGAAACUUUAGGUUUUUCUGCCACAUGCCAAGGAGUUGGCUAUGCUUUUGAUUUGCUCCUGGAUCUACUCAGAAAAGAAAAGGAUGAAGACACUAAGCCAGAUCCAUUACUUGACACUAUCUUGAAGGCAUCAGCCAUGGAUAAUCAAAGAAGAAAUUUGUUCACUGAAUAUGUUCUUAAGGUUUUGGGGCUAGAGGAAUGUGCUGAUACACUUAUAGGGGAUCAAAUGACAAGGGGAAUUUCUGGAGGUCAAAAAAAGCGAGUAACAAUAGGGGAAAUGCUAGUUGGUCCUGCAAAUGCAUAUUUCAUGGACAGUAUAUCGGUUGGCUUAGACAGUUCUACAACCUAUCAGAUAAUCAACUCAAUCAGGCAAUCUGUACAAAUUAUGAACAAAACUGCCUUAAUCUCUCUGCUUCAACCUCCUCCGGAAACUUUUGAGCUAUUUGAUGACAUAAUUCUCAUCUCUGAGGGGCAGAUUAUGUACCAAGGACCUCGAAUUUAUGUUCUUGAUUUCUUCGAAUCCUUGGGUUUUCGAUGUCCUGAGAGGAAAGCUAUUGCUGAUUACUUGCAAGAGGUUAUAUCAAAAAAGGAUCAAGCACAAUAUUGGGCAAGACAAGAGCAGUAUGCUUAUGUUUCUACUAAGCAAUUUGCUGAUACAUUUAAGGAGUUCCAUGUAGGAAGAGCCCUCCAUAAUGAUCUCGCGGCACCAUUUGACAAGUCCAUGGGUCACCCUUUUGCUUUGACAAAGUCGAAAUUUGGAGCUAAAAAGAUGGUUUUACUCAAAGCUUGUUUGUUAAGAGAAAUCCUUCUUAUGAAAAGAAACCUACUAGUCUUUGCUUUCAAGAUGGUUCAACUCGCGGUUCUUGGAUUCAUUGUUGCGAGUGCUUUCUCCGAAGAUAGAAAGCAUCGCGAUACAAUUGAAGAUGGAACAAUUUAUAUGGGAGCUCUCUUCAUUGGACUAGUAACAAUUAUACUUUCAGGAUUUGCUGUUCUACCCAUGACCAUUACAAAACUUCCAGUCUACUAUAAGCAGAGGAGUUUCCUAUUUUACCCUUCAUGGGCAUACUCAUUUCCAACAUUGAUCCCAGGGAUGGUUUUUUCAGCUCUUGAAGUUAUCAUUUGGGUUGUCACAACUUACUUUAUCAUAGGGUUUGAUUUAAACUUCUUGAGGUUAUUGAAACAUGGUGUUAUUCUGGUACUAUGUGGGCAAAUGUCUUACAGUCUUUUCAGAUGCAUUGGAGCUGUAACAAGAGAUAAUUCCAUUGCAAAUGUUGUAGCAAACCUUGCAGUUAUGUGGCUGGUUAUAUUCAGUGGUUUUGUGUUAGCAAGAGAGGCAAUGAGGAAAUGGUUACUUUGGGCUUAUUGGACAUCUCCUUUAAUGUAUGUUUACAAUGCCAUUUCUGCAAAUGAGUUCCUAUCAGAAUCAUGGGCAAAACAUCAUCUUGCAGGUUCAAAUCAAGCAUUGGGAAUGUCUGUCCUAAAAUCUCAUGGAGCAAUUACUAAUUCAAAUUGGUAUUGGGUUGGUAUCUCUGCAUUGAUCGGCUUCAUAAUCCUCUUCGCUCUGCUUGGCAGUCUCGCGCUUGCCUAUCUCAAACCAUAUGGACUAUCUCAAUCAUCAGCCUUCAUCUCUGAAGAAGUGGAAGAGGAAAUAAACCAAGAUAACAGAACACAAAAUAGUGGUAAAAGCACAAGCCUACCUUUCACACCUCUCUGCUUGACUUUUGAGAACAUCAUAUAUUCAGUUGACAUGCCAAAGGAGAGGAAACAAAGGGGAAACCCGCUUGAUCGAUUGGUGUUACUCAAUGGAGUAAGUGGCUCUUUUAGACCUGGUGUAUUAACAGCUUUGAUGGGAGUCACAGGAGCAGGAAAAACCACUUUGUUAGAUGUUCUAGCAGGAAGAAAAAACACAGGAUAUAUAGAAGGAAGCAUUAAAGUUUCAGGGUAUUUAAAGAAGCAAGAAACUUUUGCUAGAGUUUCAGGAUAUUGUGAACAGAAUGAUAUCCAUUCUCCUCUCAUGACUGUCUAUGAAUCUGUUGUCUUCUCGGCGUCUCUUCGAUUACCCAAGGAUAUUAGCUCCGAAGCUAAACAUAACUUUGUGGAUGAAAUCAUGGAAUUGAUUGAGCUUAGACCAAUAAAAGAUGCAUUAGUCGGAAUGCCAAAUGUAAAUGGUCUCUCAGUAGAGCAGAGGAAAAGGUUAACCAUAGCAGUAGAGCUGGUUGCAAACCCUUCCAUACUGUUCAUGGAUGAGCCUACUUCGGGCCUCGAUGCGAGGGCAGCUGCUAUUGUCAUGAGAGUUGUGAGGAAUACAGUUAAUACUGGCCGAACAGUCGCUUGCACCAUCCACCAGCCUAGCAUUGACAUUUUUGAAUCCUUUGAUGAGCUUUUCCUUUUGAAGCAAGGAGGUCAAGUGUUAUAUGCAGGUCCUCUAGGCCAUCAGUGUAGCCAGCUGAUCAGUUACUUUGAGCAAAUCAAUGGAGUACCUAAGAUAAGAGAUGGGUACAACCCUGCGACAUGGGUGCUAGAAGUAUCAGCAAGAGCAGCAGAGGAGCGAUUAGGGAUUGAUUUCGCAACCAUUUAUACAGAUUCUGAGCUUUACAGGAGAAACAAAGCUAUGAUUAGGGAGUUAAGUAUACCUCCAGAAAAUUCUCAAGACCUCCAUUUUCCGACAUCAUACCCUCAAUCGUAUCUUACUCAAUGGAAAAUGUGUUUAUGGAGGCAAUACAAGUCAUACUGGAGAAAUGCAGCUCAUAAUGGUGUUAGGUUCGCGACUACAUUAGCAUCCGGCUUCAUGUUUGGGAUUGUGUUCUGGAAAAUUGGUAAUAGAAGGGACACACAAGUUGAUCUUGUUGGUGGAAUUGGUGCAAUGUAUAUAUCUACCAUGUUCAUGGGAGCACAGACAAGCUCUAGUGUAAUGCCAGUUUUGAGCAACGAUAAACCCGCCUUUUAUAGAGAGAGAUCUUCUGGAUUAUAUGCUGCUAUACCUUAUGCUUUGGCACAGGUUGUGAUUGAAAUUCCAUAUGUUUUAGCACAAGUGACCAUUUUUGAAAUCAUAUCCUAUGGAAUGAUAGGAUUCGAAUGGUCAGCCUUGAAGUUCUUCCAAGAAUACCUCUUCAUGCUAUUAUCACUGUUGUGCUUCACAUACUUUGGUAUGAUGAUCUCAUCCAUGACUCCUAACCAAGAAACAUGCUCUAUCUUGGCUAGUCUUAUCUUCUCCUUGUGGAAUCUCUUUGCUGGUUUCGCCAUCCCUCGAAAUAGAGUUCCAGAUUGGUGGAAAUGGUAUACAUGGGUAUGUCCUGUAUCAUGGAGCAUGUAUGGGUUGGUAACUUCUCAAUAUGGAGAUAUAGAAUCUAAGCUUGAUACUGGGAAGACAGUGUCCCAAUUCAUAUGGGAUUAUUAUGGGUACAAAUAUGAAUUCUUGGGGAUUGUGACUGCUGUUAUGGCUGGUUUCAAUGUGCUCUUUAUUUUCUUUUACUGUCUCUUCACCAAGAUGUUCAACUUCCAGAAAAGAUAAGAUCGAGUUCGAGCACUUGAAAUUGGGCAGAUCAAAUCAAUGUAGUACUAGCAUAGUUAAAUGGUUACAUGUUUCAGACAUAUGCAUUUUGUGUAGUAGUUAGUGAGGUUCUUACUAUGUUAACUCUUGCCUCACUACCUAAAGUAUUGUAAUAUUAAGGUGUAUAACAGUAUUAAGUGUAGGAGAGAUCCAAUAGAACAUUUUAUUACAAGGUUGGACUGAGUGAUAGAAUAUGAAAUUGAGUGAAAUAUGUUUUAUUAG